AUGUCCUAUUUUGGAAACUUCCAAGACUUUGUAAUGUCCUUUACCAAUUACCUAUCCAUACAGUGCCUUGUGCAAGGCAACAUAACGAAAGACCAUACGAUCAAUGUUAUACAAUCAUUCAUCACACAAAUUAUUUGUCGUCCCUUGAGUAAUACGAAACAAUUUAUUAGAGUCGCUUCUGUAGUGACAAAUUAUUAUCAAGUUGGUGUUGCUACAAUUGAAUUAUCGGUAUUAAUCGAAUUGAUACUCAUUUUCAAAAACGAAGUUAACAGAAACUGGAGUAAGAUCAAAGCGGCAAUGUACAUAAUCUAUAAAUGUAAUUUUAAAAAAUUGAUUGUUCAUGUGGAAGGAAUUCCGAAGGAAAUUGCAAUCAAUGCAGAGUUUCGUAAAAAAAACAUGUGUUCUUUUUCGGAGUAUGUAAUCGACCGAUUUCCAACACAAAUGGACAUAUUAUAA